AUGGCCACUGAAGUCCCAACCGAGCAAUGGGCUCAAGUCAUUGAGAAGACCGGAGGACCCGCCGUCUACAAGAAGAUUCCCGUCCAGAAGCCCGGUCCCGAUGAGGUUCUCAUCAACGUCAAGUACUCUGGUGUCUGCCACACCGAUCUGCACGCCAUGAUGGGCGACUGGCCCCUCGACACCAAGAUGCCCCUGGUCGGUGGCCACGAGGGUGCUGGUGUUGUCGUCGCCCGCGGCGAGCUCGUCAAGGAUGUCGAGAUUGGUGACCACGCCGGUAUCAAGUGGCUCAACGGCUCUUGCUUGUCCUGCACCUUCUGCCAGGCCGCCGAUGAGCCUCUCUGCCAGCACGCCCUCCUCUCCGGCUACACGGUCGAUGGCAGCUUCCAGCAAUACGCCAUCGCCAAGGCCGCCCACGUUGCCCGCAUCCCCAAGGAUGUCAGCCUCGAGGCCGUCGCCCCCGUUCUCUGCGCCGGUAUCACCGUCUACAAGGGACUGAAGGAGUCCGGUGUCCGCGCCGGCCAGUGGGUCGCCAUCGUCGGUGCCGGCGGUGGUCUCGGCUCCCUCGCCCUGCAGUACGCCAAGGCCAUGGGCAUCCACACUGUCGCCAUUGACGGCGGCGCCGAGAAGGCCGAGAUGUGCAAGAAGCUCGGCGCAACCGCGUUUGUCGACUUCACCACCUCGAGCAACCUCGUCGAGGAUGUCAAGAAGGCGACUCCCGAGGGCCUCGGCCCCCACGCCGUCAUCCUGCUCGCCGUCAGCGAGAAGCCCUUCCAGCAGGCCUCAGAGUAUGUCCGCUCCCGCGGCACCGUUGUCUGCAUCGGCCUGCCCGCCAACGCCUACCUCAAGGCCCCCGUCUUCGACACCGUCAUCCGCAUGAUCAACAUCAAGGGCUCCUACGUCGGCAACCGCAAGGACACCGCCGAGGCCCUCGACUUCUUCCAUCGCGGCCUCAUCAACGCCCCCUACAAGGUUGUCGGCCUGAGCCAGCUGAACGACGUCUACGAAAUGAUGAAGAAGGGCGCCAUCGCCGGCCGCUACGUCGUCGACAACAGCAAAUAA